GUCUAGACUGACUCUUUCAUCUUCAGCAGACCUUGUCAGAAGCCAAGCAGGCAGACAGAGGGGCCACUGCCAGGUUGGGCAGCUAGCAAUCAUGGCCCUCAGAGUUGUCCCUACCCAGCGCAUCUGCAACUGCUUCAAUGUCAGGAUUGCCACCACGGCCCUGGGCAUCUACCACGUGGUCAUGAGUGUGCUGCUCUUCAUUGAACACUCAGUGGAAGUGGCCACUGGCAGAGGAUACUGCAAAAUCCUGCAGAUGUCAUACUACAAGAUUGCGGACAUUGCCUCCAGCUUCCUGCUCAUCACCAUGCUUUUUAUCAUCAGUGUGAGCUUGCUCUAUGGUGUACUCAAGAACCGGGAGCGACAUCUUUUACCCUUCCUGUCUCUGCAAAUCAUGGAUUUUCUCCUGUGCCUCCUCACGCUGCUGGGCUCCUACAUUGAACUCCCUGCCUAUCUGAAGUUUAGUUCCCGGGGCAGCCGGACGAAAACACCCUUCAAAGUCCCCCUCAUGGCUCUGCAGUUGCUAGAUUUCUGCCUCAGCAUCCUGACCCUUUGCAGCUCCUAUAUGGAGGUCCCUACCUACCUCAACUUUAAGUCCAUGAACCAUAUGAAUUAUCUCCCAAGUCAAGAAGGCAUAACUCAAGAUCAAUUUGUCAAGCUGAUGAUUGGAUUCUCCAUAGCAUUCAUCAUCGUCCUUAUCUUGAAGGUCUACAUGUUCAAGUGUGUUUGGAGAUGCUACAAGUACAUAAAAUCCCUAAAUAGGGUUGAGGACAAAGUCAAUGCCAAGAUCUUCCAGAAGGUGCUCCUGCCGACCUACGAGGAAGCCAUGGCGAUGCCUUCCAAGGAACUGGCCCCGCCCCCUUACUCGGCCGUGUGAGAGGCUGCGAUCGAUCCCUCUUCCCCUUGGCCAAGUUGCUACAGAUGCUUCUUUAUGCUUUAAAUGGCCCCUAGUUACUGUCCGGCUUCCGUCCAGAUGUGUUUGUUUUUCUACCAACCCCAGUAGAACGCUGGUCUCUUUCACCCUUUCAGGGCCUGUUAUUGAUAACCACCAGUAGGAGGAGCGGUCUUGGCCGAUGUUAGAGGGGACCAUUCAUACCAUCUGGUCCAAACCCUCUGU